AUUAUUACCAUGUGAUCUCUUAUUUGACAGAAUCUUUUCCUUUUUCUUAAUACCUGUAUGUAUAUGAUGCCUUUAUUAUCCUUUUGUAUCUGAUAAUUUUAAAAUUAUAUCAAAUCAAAUCAUUAAUCUUCCUAUAAAAAAGCUAAGCCAAAUUGAUUGAUAAAAUCAAACUUAUUUGAGAAUUGAAUAUUAGCAAUGGCUGGUAUUGAAGAAGUGGAGCUUUUGGGUUCUGUGGGAAGCCCGUUUGUGAUUAAGGUUCAAAUUGCUCUGAAAUUGAAGGGAAUUGAAUACAAAUAUGUGGAAGAAAAAUUGGGUAAUUUGAGUGAAACACUUCUCAAUCAUAACCCAGUUUACAGGAUGGUUCCUGUUUUGGUUCAUAAUGGAAAACCAAUCUCAGAGUCUCGUGUGAUUCUUGAGUAUAUUGAUGAGACAUGGAAGCUAAAUCCAAUCUUGCAUUCUGAUCCUUACAAAAGAGCAUUGGACCGUUUCUGGUCAAAGUUCAUAGAUGAUAAGUGUGUGGUUCCAGCAGCAAAAACUAUUUUUAUCCCUGAUGAGAACGAACAGGAGAAGGCUAGAGAAGAAUUAUUCGACGCUUUGCAGUUUCUCGAGAAUGAGCUCAAGGACAAGUUCUUUGGAGGAGAGGAGAUUGGUUUUGUGGAUAUUGCGGCUCUGUUUAUCCCUUUAUUUCAAGAAGUAGCAGAGAAACAGUUGUUCACCAGUGACAAAUUUCCCAAGCUACACAAGUGGAGUCAAGAUUUUUACAACCAUCCAGUAGUCAAGGAAAUUAUGCCAUCGAAAGAGCAACAAUAUGCGUAUUUCAAAGCUCGCGCUGCAAGCCUUGCUGCUGCGUCAAAAUAGAUUAAUAUAGAGUGAGACUCUGAACUUGUAAGGAGAUUUGUAUAAGUACUUGUCCGUGUCCUUGUGGAGUUGUUUUGUUGUUUGUAUUUCAGUUCAAAUGGAAUGUACUCUGACUUAUCAUGCGUCAUAAAUAUCCUGCAAUGUUGUUUUCAGGAAUAAUU